UUCUCAAAUUUAAGAUUAUAUCAAAAGAAAAAAAAAUAUAUAUAUUAAUAUUCUUUACAAAUAUUAAAGAAAAAGAAAAAAGAAAGAAGAUGGCCAUUAGAACUAGCUGUUGCCUCAACCAACUUCUACCACCAUUUUUUUCUCCAUCAAAAACUACUUCUCAACAUUAUUCAUGCAUGGGAAGAAAUAAAGAGGAGACUAGUACAAAAGCUAUACCAAUUAAAAAAGGUAUGGUAAUUGUGAGUUUAGUGAUAAUGGGAAUCACUAAUGACCAAUCCUAUGAUUAUUAUUAUGCUAAUCAUGAUCAAGUGCCUCUAAUAAGCAUUACUACAACAACAAGAAGAGAAGAAGCUAAGGCAAUCAAAUGGAGCGAGCGAAUUAGAAUGUGUCCGCCAUGGCAUCUCAAUUCGCUCGAGUCCAUAGUCCCUGAAAAUCUUCCCCGGCCAUCAGCUCGCCGGGGAUCCAAAGUUUUAGGCCACGUGCCACAUGCUCCGCCGAUCAAGUUUGAUCGUGCUUAUGUUAGAGAAGGAAACACCAUAGAUUGCUUCACUAUGUAAUUUUUUUUUUUAUGUAUAAAAAAUAGAAUUAAUUGUAAAAUGAAAAUUCAAUUUGGACUUCAUUUUAUUUAUUUUUAGAUAUUUUUAUAAGUGUACAAAUGUGUUACUCUCUCCUAAAAGAGUUUCAAA